AUGGACUACAAUUACGGCCAGGAUCCCUCUGCAGAACAAUACCAAGGAGAAGAACACGACGGCUACGACGAGUUUGAUGAGCAAGGUAUAGACAGCCACGACCACGACCACACCCAGAUGGGCCAUGACAUGGGCCACGAUAUGAGCCAUGAUGACCAAAUGGGCCACGAUAUGGGUGACAUGGGCGAGCAUGAUCCCAAUGGUCAUAUGAACGACGACCACCCUGUCGGGGAAGCCAACAAGCCGCUGAUAGAGCUCAUUGUCAAAUUGCUCGUUGGCGACUUGGGCCAGAGAACACCACAUCGACCGAAGCCAAAGCAUGCUCAUUCAAGGUUUGCACAAGAUCCACACCACUCAAAGCUCAUGAAUGUUCUGUCUAGAAUUGCAACGGAGGACAUUCACGAAGCACACAUAGAGAGCUUCAUCCAUAUCGGUAUCUUACUGAUGGCCCGUGCUGCGAAGGAAAUCGGUAUGACGGCAGGCCAUCACGAUGACGAAGACGAGACGCAUCAUGAUCAGGGAGACCCGCAUGCAGACCCUCAUGGUCAGGCUCCAGCUCUGGAUUAG